AGACAACGUCAGGAUCCUUUAGGCUGUAUUCAACAUGCUUCAGGCAUUGAGAAGAAAAGGGUCUGGAAAAUUAACACAAUCCAAUGAGUGGAGGAUCGUUCUAGUUGGGAAGACUGGAGUUGGAAAGAGUGCCGCAGGAAACACAAUCUUGGGGAAAAAAGUUUUCAAAUCUGAACUGUCUCCAUCUUCUCUGACAUCUUAUUGUCAGAAAGAGAAGGGAAAGGCUGAAGGACGAGAGGUUGCUGUUGUUGAUACUCCAGGCCUGUUUGACACAAAUUCUACCCAAGAAGAAGUGCUGAAGAAGAUCAAGAUGUGCAUCUCACUGUCAGCUCCUGGUCCUCAUGCCUUCCUGGUGGUAAUUCGACUGGGAAGGUUCACACAGGAAGAGCAAGACACAGUGAGGAUGAUUCAGACCACCUUUGGUGAGGAUGCAGCUAAAUUCACAAUGGUGUUGUUCACUCAUGGAGACCAGCUGAAGAACCAAACUGUUGAAGAAUUUGUUUCACAAAGUGAAGAACUGGAGGCCAUCAUUGCCUCAUGCCAUGGACGAUAUCACGUUUUCAAUAAUGAGGUGUCAGACAAAAAACAGGUCAAACAACUCCUUAAUAAAAUUGACAAGAUGAUUAAAGAUAAUGGUGGGGGGCAUUACACCAAUGACAUGUUUAAGAGAGCAGAAGAAGCCAUAAAAAAAGAGGAACGGAGGAUUGUUCUAGUUGGGAAGACUGGAGUUGGGAAGAGUGCAGCAGGAAACACAAUCUUGGGGAGAGAAGCUUUCGAAUCUGACCUGUCCCCGUCUUCCCUGACAUCUGAAUGUAAGAAAGCCAAGGGAGCGGUUGGAGGACGACAGGUUGCUGUUGUUGAUACUCCAGGCCUGUUUGACACAAAUUUUACUCAAGAAGAAGUGCUGAAGAGGAUCAAGAUGUGCAUCUCACUGUCAGCUCCUGGUCCUCAUGCCUUCCUGGUGGUCCUUCAGCUGGGAAGGUUCACACAGGAAGAGCAAGACACAGUGAGGAUGAUUCAAACCACCUUUGGUGAAGAUGCAGCUAAAUUCACAAUGGUGUUGUUCACUCAUGGAGACCAGCUGAAGAACCAAACUAUCGAAGAAUUUGUUUCACAGAGUGAAGAACUGAAAGCCAUCAUUGCGUCAUGCUAUGGACGGUAUCAUGUUUUCAAUAAUGAAGUGAAAAAUGAAAAACAGACCUAUCGGCUGCUUGAUAUAAUUGAUGACAUGACUACAGUUAAUGGCGGGUGGUAUUACACCAAUGAAAUGUUUAUGAGAGCAGAGGAAAAAAAGAAUGAAGAAAUACGAAUCAUUUUGGUUGGGAAGACUGGAGUGGGGAAGAGUGCAGCAGGAAACACCAUUCUGGGGCGAGAAGCUUUCGAGUCUCAACUGUCUCCAUCUUCUCUGACAUCUAAUUGUGAGAAAGAGAAGGGAGUGGUUGGAGGACGACAGGUUGCUGUUGUUGAUACUCCAGGCCUGUUUGAUACAGGUUUUACUCAAGAAGAAGUGCUGAAGAGGAUCAAGAUGUGCAUCUCACUGUCAGCUCCUGGUCCUCAUGCCUUCCUGGUGGUAAUUCGACUGGGAAGGUUCACACAGGAAGAGCAAGACACAGUGAGGAUGAUUCAGACCACCUUUGGUGAAGAUGCAGCUAAAUUCACAAUGGUGUUGUUCACUCAUGGAGACAGGCUGAAGAAAAAAACCAUUGAAGAAUUUGUUUCACAGAAUGAAGAACUGGAAGACAUCAUUUGGACAUGUCAUGGGCGGUAUCAUGUUUUCAACAACGAAGUAAAAGACCCGUCACAGACCUAUCAGCUCCUUGAUAAAAUUGACGAGAUGAUUCUAGAUAAUGGCGGUCACUAUACUAGAAAGAUGUUUAAAAAAGCAGAAAGGGCAAGCAAAAAAGAAAAGAAAAAGCUUUUAAAGGAAUUAAAGGCAGAGGAGCGGCAAAAGAUGGAAGAGCUGAAGGCUGAAGUAGAAAGAGAAAUGAUGUUUUCCCCAAGAGGGUCGUUUAAGUACAAAGGCAGCUCAGAUAAAUGUCUUCUACAAUAAGAAACGGUAGCAUGUUUUUGCUUUGUGUUGUUAUCUAUCCAGUGUUUCUUCUUGAAUUUUACUUGGUUUAAUUAAACAAACAUACUCUGAAGUGAAUGGAGACACAAACACCAGCACUAAAGAUCCUCUGAAUUCUAUAGAAAUAGUGAAAGUUUGUGAAUAGAUUCAUUUGUACUUUGAGUUCAUUUUGGCCCUCCCAAUGAAGGGUAUGUCUCAGGGGGUUUGAUGUGCUCAUGUUUAGGC